GCACAGUUUGCUCGGCUGAUAGCAGCAAGUGAAAUCUCCUAGAGGGGCCUGGGAAUCAGCAAAACCACAAGCAUCAUUGGAACCCAGCAUUGCAGGCUGGAAACCUCUCCAGGGAGACAACCUCUGAGGGUUUCUGCUGUGCUUUGGAGGCAAAGGUGGAUGUGUUCCACUCGUCGUUUUUCUGCUGAGGCUGGUAACAGGCUGUCUGACUCAACUAUAUAAAAAUACCUUCUUCAAAGGUGGGGACCUAACUGCCAUGUAUACCCCGAAUGCCGAGCACUGUCAGAUGAUGUGCACAUUUCAUCCGAGGUGCUUGCUCUUCAGCUUUCUUCCCGAAAGUUCCACUAAUGACACAGACAAAAGAUUUGGUUGCUUCUUGAAAGACAGUGUUACGGGAACCCUGCCAAAAAUGUCAUGGGCAAGUACGAUUUCUGGACAUUCCUUAAAGCAAUGCGGCCAUCAAAUAAGUGCUUGCCAUCGAGACAUUCAUAAAGGAAUUGAUAUGAGAGGAGUCAAUUUUAACGUCUCUAAGGUUGAAAGUGUUGAAGAAUGCCAAAAAAAGUGCACCAACAGCAUUCACUGCCAAUUUUUCACAUACGCCACUCACACGUUUUACAAUGCAGAGUACCGGAACACCUGCCUUUUAAAGCACAGUGCAGGAGGAACACCCACCAGUAUAAAGCUCCUGGCUAAUGUGGCAUCUGGAUUCUCCCUGAAGCCCUGUGCAGUCUCAGAAAUUGGUUGCCACAGGAACCUUUUCCAGCAUCUCGCGUUCUCGGAUGUGGACGUUGCCCGAGUCGUUACCCCGGAUGCUUUUGUAUGCCAAACCAUUUGCACCUACCAUUCUAACUGCCUCUUCUUUACGUUCCACACAAAGGCAUGGCAUCUGGAACCGCAAAGAAAUGUUUGCUUUCUUAAGACUUCCAAAAGCGGGACACCAAGUUCCCCUACUCCUCAGGAAAACACCAUAUCUGGAUACAGCCUGUUAACCUGCAAGCAAACUUUGCCUGAGCCCUGUCAUUCCAAAAUUUACUCAGGAGUUGCUUUUGAAGGGGAAGAGUUGAAUGUCACCUUUGUUGAAGGAGUGAAUGUUUGCCAAGAGACUUGUACUAAGACGAUCCGCUGUCAGUUUUUUACUUAUUCUUUACUCCCAGAAGACUGUAGAAGAAAGAAGUGUAAGUGUUCCUUACGAUUAUCUUUGGAUGGGUCCCCAACUAGGAUUACGUACGGGACACGAGCGAGCUCUGGUUAUUCUUUGAGGCUGUGUAAAAGUGGGGACGGUUCUGCCUGCUCAACAAAAACAGACACACGCAUUGUUGGAGGAACCAACUCUUCCUGGGGAGAGUGGCCUUGGCAAGUUAGCCUGCAAGUGAAGCUGACAGCCCGGAGCCACCUGUGUGGAGGGUCAAUCAUUGGACACCAGUGGGUCCUAACGGCCGCCCAUUGCUUUGAUGGGCUUCCCCUGCAGGACGUUUGGCGUGUUUAUAGUGGCAUUUUUAAUCUGUCCGAGAUAACAACAGAAACACCUUUCUCACGAAUAAAGGAGAUGAUUAUUCACCCAAAUUACAAAAUGUCAGACAGUGGUGAUGAUCUUGCCUUGAUAAGACUUGAGCCUCCUUUGAAUUACACAGAAUUCCAAAAACCAAUAUGCCUGCCUUCCAAAGAUGAUACAGACACAAUGUAUACUAAUUGUUGGGUAACUGGAUGGGGCUUCACAAAAGAAAAAGGGAAAAUCCAAAAUACCCUACAAAAGGCAAAUAUUCCUUUGGUAUCAAGUGAAGAAUGCCAGAAAAAAUACAGAGAUUAUGAAGUAACCAAACAGAUGAUCUGUGCUGGCUAUAAAGAAGGAGGCAAAGAUGCCUGUAAGGGCGAUUCAGGCGGUCCCUUAGUUUGUAAACACAAUGGAAUAUGGCAUUUGGUCGGUAUCACCAGUUGGGGUGAAGGCUGUGGCCGCAGAGAACAACCGGGUGUCUACACCAAAGUCGCCGAGUAUGUGGACUGGAUUUUAGAGAAAACACAGGUCGGUGAUGGGCUCACCAGUCUCUGAUGAAGUCACCGGUGUGACGAAGCUUUCUGGAGGUGGGAGAGAGCCCAGUUUGUAGCCUACGCUUUUACAUCCUAGGUUCACUUCAAGUCCUGAGCCGUGGGGUCCUCAUGUGCAAAAUCAUGGAGACUGGUAUCUACCUCGUGUCCUUGUCCUGAGGGUAAAAAGGGACAAUGUAUACGCAGCUGCUGAGGACAAGGUCUUGCACCAGUAGGCGUUCGGCAUUCAGUCAUAAUGCGAGUACCAGGAGAUAACAAAUGAACAUUUCUGUGAUUAUUUGUUGUGCCAUAAAAUGACAAAAGAAUGUGAUUUUCAAGUGCUUUCUUCUGGGGCGCCUGGGUGGCUCAGUCGGUUGAGCGUCCGACUUCGGCUCAGGUCAUGAUCUCACAGCUCGUGGGUUCGAGCCCCGCGUCGGGUUCUGUGCUGACGGCUCAGAGCCUGGAGCCCGCUUCGGAUUCUGGGUCUCCCUCUCUCUCCGCCCCUAACCCACUCGCAUUCUGUCUCUGUCUCUCUCAAAAAUAAAUAAACGUUAAAAUAAAUAAAUAAA